AUGCCGAAGGAUUUACAGUUGUCAUGUAGAGGAGAAGAAGCCGGCAGCUCAGAAGUGGGUUCGAUUUCUACAACAAUUUUUUUCAACAGAUGCAUCGACGAAGCAGGUGCAAUUGAGGUCAGAGUUUUGCUCUGUUUUGUCUAUGUUGUCACUGCAAAAUCCAAUGAUGUCCUACUGUCACUACGAAUCUUUAGACAAGACACGAUCCUCGUACUAGGGAUGUCCACCAGGUGGUGCUUUAGGAGAUGCUUGACUGGGUUUUCUUGGAUGAUCACGUUGGCCUUGCUUUCUGAACAGCUACAGACAUUGAAGGCUAUGUUGACAAGGGCAAUUGCGAGGAAAGAGAGGUCAAGUUAA